AUGUCUAUGCUUCACGAUGUGUCAGGCGGCGUGCUCACGUCGCAGAAUAAUCUGAAAACUGCUGCGGGAGUCGCUACAGACCCCGGUGGUGAUGUGCGCGGGAACAUUGCGCGAAUUACCGCGAGGGCCCGUCAACUGCUUGCCGAUGACACGGACACACGUGUGGUGCGUAACGGCCUGAGUGCAUAUGAGACGUCGCGGAAAGUGGCGGCUGAUAUCUCGACGCGUGCGAAGACCCCCGGGCAAACCGGCCCGACGCAGGCAUCGGUGGAACUCUUCAUGGCCAGCCUUGGGUUCAACCUCAACGAGCAACAGCGUCUCCUGCAGCAGCUGCAGGCCAACCAGUUGCCGCUUACAGUCACGGGUGAUGUUGGCACGGCCGCGAAGACUCCUGGUGCCUUUUUUCAAGAGCAGAUCGAUGACGAGUUGGGUAGCACUUUGGAAAGUUUUGUAGCGAACCGAAGAAAUGAAAUCAUGCGGCGCAGCAUGGAGGAAAUGCAUCAUCGCGUGGAGGAUUUGGUGCAGAAGCGCUCCGCGACCAUCAUACGUUCCUCCUGGGAAAAAUGCUGCAACGAGGUGGCGGAUGCAUUUGAAUCUUUCUCACUGAAGGCUUGUAGCGGCGGUGGCGAUGUCUCUCGAAUCAAAAUGUCAACGUCCAGUUUAAUCCCCGGUGGCUCCAUGCGGCCACGUGCAGGAGUAAGAGCGCUACUGAAUGGAAGAGAUGCCACAUCCAUGCGUAUUCUGAACAAAAUUGCUGGCUUCGCGAAUAUCGUUGAUACACAACCACCAUUGCAGUGGAUAAGGUGCUUUGCCGCCCAUGUUGCGGAUGACGCCCCGUCUGUUACAGAUGACAUUGCCCUUCUUUGGACGACGGUGGAGCAGAUUGUGCAGCCAAUCCUACAACUUGGCUCUGCCAGCACAACCCUGACGUUUGUUGCCUCCAGCCGACACAUGAUAGAGCGGAAGGCGCUCAUUACUGUGCUGUCACGCAUACUUAAGGUGGAACCUGAGAGGUUUGGUGAACUGGAGAAUAUGCAUGCCACACGUGUUGUCAGUAUUUUGGAGCGAUACACAUCAUCUUCGAAUCCGUGGGCACACAUCUACGCUGCCAUGCGCUGUGGCCGUUAUGACGUUGCUGCCAUGGUUGCCAAUAAUGUAGGACUCCGCUCGGUGGAAAAAAAACUUGAGGAAUACGCCAACGCACACAUGACAAGGCGCAGCACGUUACCUCCCGCAGUUGAACUGCGCCCGCUGUAUGAAGAGGAGGAUACUCGUUUGGAUCCUUAUCGACAGAUUGUCCUGUUUCUUUUGUUACUCGGGAAUACGGGAGAGAGCAGUGAAGUGGUCUUGUCAACUGUUGCAUCACUUUCCUCAAAGGUAGCACGAUCUCUCGAGGACACAUUGUGGAUCCGUCUUUUCUGUGUGCGCUCUAUUGAGGUGCGAGACAACAAUAAAGUCCAGUCCCUCACAGAGAUGCAACGUCUGCUUCUGGAUGACAUGCAGGAACUUGUAGAAUUGGUUCGUGGCGAUGUAGUGCGUUUGGCGUCGCUGUUGAUUCACGCGCUACUUCCCUCCUCUGGGUUGCGACUUCUUAUUGAGGGUGACAGCACCUACGUGGAUGGCAUUCACCUCGCCAUGUGCUUUCACAACUCGCAGCUCUUGCCAUGCGAUGACGUGGAGGUGCCAAUCGACCUCGGUCGGCUCCUCCCACAGUACUGCUCACUUGUCCUACUUGACGUUGACAAACGCCAUGCCCGCAUUGCGUAUGCAGGGGCGGCCGUGUUUCGCUACUUUCUGCGGACAAACCUCGUCGACGUCUUUGUUGAGUACUGCGGAAAUGAGCUGGUGUGUGCGAAGCUGUUUGGGCACCGCGGGGGCAGUCGUGUAGGCGGCGACGGUAUCCUUCUGCAAGAGACCCCAUCCACAGAGCUCCUGGAGGCAAUGGAGCGUGUGGCGGAAGCGGGUGCGGCGCGUGGCCAGACGGAACUUGCGGUGCAUGUCUUCUCCGUCUUGGAGCGUGCCGCCGCGCUCGUGAAGGAUGAGGCACGUGCAAAUUAUGCACUGAGUCGGGCUCUUCAGAUUAUCUGUCCAGCACUGUCACAUGCCUUUCAACAGAAAGCAUCCAGGGAGAGCACAUGUCUUUUUAUGCACGCCGCCGAACUGCAGGAGCGAGUCGCAUGUUCCGAGCGUGUGAUCCCGCAUGCAUACGCGGAGGCCUUUCAGCUACUUUGCACGAUGAGUGAAUUCUUUGUGAGUGUUGCGCGCGGCGAGGUGGAGGUCGCCCUUCGGUGCUUUUGGAGUCUCCCUUUUGUUCCAACCGCUGCAGAUGACAUUGAGCGCUGCGCCGAAAUUUUUGACUCGGCGCCCGAGUCCGUGGCAACGGCCGCCCCGCCGAUUGUACUGCUCGCUAUGCAAAACAUGUUAAAACUCGCAGAGGUGCUCAAGACAAGAGGACAGACGAACGACGCGACGCAAAUAAAGCGGCGAGCGCAGACCGUAACAAUGUGGGUGCGCCGCUGGAAAAGACACGUGGCCCGAAGUCUUAUUGAUGAACUGGCAUCCCUAGAAGAGCUGUUUGCGCUCUGA